UUUAUGGUUGCUUUUUGUUCGGGUUUUCUAUAAUUUUUUUCUUAUUUUUUUUAAUAUGAGGGAACAUUUUUUCGAAUUUUCUGCCCCUAAUUUUAUUGAAUUUUUAAAAUUUUUACUAUUUAUUAUUAUUUCGUUUUCCUCCAUUUCCUCUGUCAAUUUACAUCCCAAAAACAUCCCUCCAUUUUUAUAAGAGGGCAGGAUAAAGGGUCAUCGCUUCUGGCAUUCUUUUUUUCCUCGAAUGUCCUCAGCUUUACAUAAAAUGAAUUUUUUUAGCUCUUCUUUCCAUUUUUCUUAUCGCGCUAAGAGCACGAAAAGGCUAAAAAAUAAAAUAAAAAAAGCCUCCCUCGGGGUAGGAUUUGCAAUAAAAAAAAUUUCCUUUCAUGUCUCUUACCACCCAUUUAUCUAA